CCAUUUCCCAUUCCCACCAAAAAACACAAAUUACUUUCUCAUUUUGCCCUUCAAAACCCGCCAUGUGAUUUCCACGACCAUGCCAAGCUCGUCGAACAAUCCACGGUGUUCAUGAAUCUAACCUAAUACGAAAAAUCAUCUCCAACUUCGCCCGUAACUUCACUCUUGUUGUGAAAACGGUUCUACGAUAUGCCAAAGCGUAACUGCGUCAUUGUUCUCUCAUCUGAUGAGGAACAACAUACUCCCAAAACUCGUUCAUCUACUUCGACCCGUACAAAUCCCAAGCCCAAGCCCAAGUCGAGUUCAACGGGCUCCAUAGGAAGAAAGAGAGCCCGUGUUUCCAGCUCUGCGCCUCGUCUAUCUAAGCUUCAUGAGAUAAACUUGUUUGAUGAUGAUUUCAAUGAAGUGUUUACUAGGUCAAAGGUAUUCGCUGGUACUCAACAGAACACUGCAGAGGAGCUAUGGGUUGAUAAAUACAAGCCUCAUUCACUGGAAGAGCUUUCUGUUCACAAGAAAAAGGUUGAAGAAGUUAAGACAUGGUUUGAAGAAAGGAUGAAACCUUCAAAGGGUGUCUACAGAAAUAACGUUCUUGUUGUCAGUGGGCAGGCAGGAGUUGGAAAAUCUGCUGCUAUUAAUGUAAUUGCUUCUCAUUUGGGUGCGAUGGUAUGUGGAUGGAACACACCUACACCUGUAAUUUGGCAAGAGCAUCUUUAUAACUCUGGAACAGCGACAAAAUACACUUCCAAGUUGGAUGAAUUUGUUAGUUUUGUUGAGAGAAUACGGAAAUAUGGAUUAAUACCAAAUUCCUUUACCGGGGAGUCAAAGCCUUCCAUCAUAUUUUUAAUAGACGAUCUUCCCAUGAUGCAUAGUAAAGCUGCUUUAGGAAGACUUAAAGAUUGCUUGCACCUUUUGGUGCACACAACUCAAAUACCCACAGCCAUAUUGGUGACAGAUUAUGGCAAUGCUGAUUCAGCUGAUUAUAAUGCACGAUCCGUUGAAGAACUUAAAACAUCUCUAGAACGUUCUGGGGCUUGUAAGGUUGCAUUCAAUCCAAUUACAGUCAAUUCUAUUAAGAAGGUACUUUCUAGAAUAUGUCAAAUUGAGCAGUGUGAUGUGACUGCUGACCAUGUUGAUCUAAUAGCAAAAGCAAGUGGAGGUGACAUCAGACAUGCAAUUACUUCUCUACAGUUUUUCUGUGUGAACCCAUAUCAAGUGCAUUCUUUGUCUCUAUCAACUCGCACUCCUCAUGCAUUAAAAGAGGAAAGAAAUAAACCCAUUGAAUUAGAUGAUGGAUCUUCCUUGUACUUUGGCAGAGAUGAGACACUGUCUUUAUUUCACGCCUUAGGGAAGUUUUUGCAUAAUAAGAGGGAGACUGAAGUUGCAGCAGAAUAUGUAGACCAAAACAGCUUUCUCAUACAAGAAAGAUUUUCAAGAUUACCUUUAAAAAUGGAUGUCCCAGAGAAGAUUCUUUGUCAAAGCCAUGUGCAACCUGGUCCAGUUGCUGAUUUUCUGCACGAAAAUGUUUUAGAUUUUUUGAAUGAUGAGGCAGUAGAGGAUGCAUGGAUUUUGUCUUCAUAUCUAGGUGAUGCUGACAUUCUUCUUGCUAAGCUUCGGGGUAUGCUAUCUAGUUAUAAUGAGGCAGAGAGUAUUUUACAGUCAGCUGCUGCGUCAAUUGCUGUUCGUGGGGUGCUGUUUGGAAAUUCUCAGCCAAUUUCUUCCAGGUGGCAUGCAAUUCGACGACCAAAACUCUGGCAGGUUCAGAAAGAAUCAUCAUACCACAAGAGUGAGAUGUUUAGACAGAGAAUCCCUGCUUGUAAUCAGCUGAGUUCUUAUCAUAUGUCAGUUAUGGCCACAGAAUACAUACCUAUGUUUAAAUUGCUUGGAGAUAGGGUUGGCAGUGGAUAUAAUGAACUAGAUCAGGAAUCAGUGCAGAACAUGGAUAUGGAAGAUUUCGAUACUGACAAAAUGAGUUUAGAUGGUGAAGCAAUGGAGAUUUCCGAUGAUGACAUAGAAGACUGGUAGUCAGUAACAUGUAUUGUACAACCUCUUCAGUUAGCAGACCUUCCUUUAGUGUUUUGUAAUUUCUGUUAUAGACAGUUAUUUGCUCUUUUUAUCUUCAGUGUUGAUUAAGGCUGUAGUGUUUCUUAGGGAAUGGCAUGUUUUUGUGUGAAUAUAGGAGUUUCUCUGAUGCAUGCUUGAUUAGAAGUCAAAUUGUAGUUGGUGUUCUGAGAUCUUGAUGGAAUUAUGGGUUUGGGACACAAGUGCUCAAUGAGAUGUGUUGCUGUAAAUACCAACUUUGUUACUGGAGAAUCUCAUCAAAUAUCUAGAAAUGUGUCGGAACUAACUUUGUUUUGUU